AUGAACGACCUUCAAUACCACAAUUACGGUCAAUUUUGGUACGCCAUCGUACCAUCGGUUAACCGCCUUGCCAGCAGCUUUUGUCCCUUUUACUCUCUUCUUCAAACCAAGUCAUCUACUCUAACCAUCCGUCAACACCUUUCCCCCAAUCCCUUCUUUUUUUUCCGUAAAGCGAAUGGCUGUGACGCUAGAUUGGCCCUUCCUCGCGGAACAAAGUUUGUGCCUGAGGCAUACACCGCUUUAAUCCUGAGUCAAAACCAAAAGCAAUCGUUGUUUUCUCUCAUAAGUCCAGCAGCUCUACAGGCCCCUGUUCUGCCGUCGUGA